AUGAGAGCACACAAAAAUGGUACCACCUCCAAUGAGGUUUCAAGUUUUCUCCUGAAUUGUUUUGUCAGAUCCCCUAGUUGGCAGCAUUGGCUGUCCCUACCCCUCAGCCUCCUCUUCCUUCUGGCCAUGGGGGCCAAUGCUAUUCUCCUGACCACCAUCCACCUGGAAGCUUCUCUGCAUCAGCCCAUGUACUACCUGCUCAGCCUCCUCUCACUGUUGGACAUAGUGCUCUGCCUCACUGUCAUCCCCAAGGUCUUGGUCAUCUUCUGGUUUGACCUCAGGCCCAUCAGCUUUUCUGCCUGCUUCCUCCAGAUGUACAUCAUGAAUUGCUUCCUAGGCAUGGAGUCCUGCACAUUCAUGGUCAUGGCUUAUGAUCGCUAUAUAGCCAUUUGCCAUCCACUCAGAUACCCAUCCAUCAUCACUGACCAAUUUGUAGUCAAGGCAGCCAUCUUUAUUUUGGCCAGGAAUGUUCUUUUAACUAUGCCUAUCCCCAUUCUUUCAGCAAAACUGUAUUAUUGUGGCAGAAAUGUCAUCGAGAACUGCAUCUGUGCAAAUAUGUCAGUCUCCAAGCUCUCCUGUGAUAAUGUCACCAUUAACCGCUUUUACCAGUUAGGUGUAGGUUGGACCCUACUAGGAUCUGACCUCAUCCUUAUCUUCCUCUCCUAUGCCCUCAUACUUCGAGCUGUGCUGAGACUCAAGGCAGAGGGUGCUGUGGCCAAGGCCCUAAGCACAUGUGGCUCCCACUUCAUCCUUAUCCUCUUCUUCAACACCAUUCUUCUUGUUUUGGUUCUCACAUAUGUGGCUAAGGAGAAAGUGGCCCCUGAAGUGCCAGUCUUGCUCAAUGUUCUCCACCAUGUUAUACCUGCAGCUCUUAAUCCCAUUGUUUAUGGGGUAAGAACCCAGGAGAUUAAGCAAGGAAUCCAGAGAUUACUGAAGAAAGGGUGGUGA